AUGCCAGAACAUAAUGUGGACACCAAAGGUCCACAAAGCUCUCGCAGACCAUUAAAACCAGGAGAAUGGGUUUGUCAGGAAGGUAAAUGUUCACAAAUUAACCAGGAACACUUCCGAGUAUGCGAAGGAUGCGGAAAAAGUAAGUUUUUGAGUAUUAUUCUUAUUCUAUGUUUAGACAAACCAAAACCCAAGGUUCGUGCAGCAGCAGAGCUUGGAAAGCAGAUGGCAGAGAAGAGCAAGGGAUUGUUUUCGGCCGAGGAUUGGGCUUGUACAAAGUAUGUUAUCUGUCAUUGAAAAUUCGGGUUCUUUUGUUAAAUUUUGGUGUCUUUUUGGGAAGAAAAUAUAAAUUAAAGGGAAUAGUUGUUUUUUACUGGGUUUUUUUAGAUGUGGCAAUGUAAAUUGGGCCAGAAGAAACACUUGUAAUUUGUGUAACGCUAAACGAUUCAGUGAUGCCGAACAAAGGACAGGUAUGUGUCCAAAGGUAAUCCUUUUACAUCUUCAUUGUUUCAGCUUGCUUUUCCUUUGAAUAAUUAAGUUUUCAGUUAGCUUCAAUUAUAUAUAUUGACUCAUACAUCUGCGCUAUACCUAAUUUUAGCAAUUGAAUAAAUUUUUAUUGUUUUAUACUUAAAAUUGUACAAAUUUAAAGACGUUUAGCUGCAUAAGAUUAAGGUUAACAUUUCUAAUUAAAUAAAAAGUUCUGUUAAGGUUUUGGUGGCGGUUACAAUGACAGACAGAAUGUGGAAUACGUGAAACGAGAAUACGACGAACAGUUUGAUGAAUUUGGUCGUAAAAAGAAGAAAAAGGAUGACGACAAUGGAGAAACGACAUCAAAAGUUGAAAUCCAGUUGGAUGAUGUUGAUGUGGAUAAAAUAUUUGCUGCCGAUGUAAGCUUUUCCUUGUUUUUGUUUAAUUUUUAGGUAAUUUGGAGUAAAAUGCUCCAAAUUCUAUAAUUAUUAGGAAGAUAAGCCGAUAAUAUUAUUUGUUAAAUAAAGGUUGUUCUUACUACUUUUGAUCAAAGGCUGUAAUAUAAUACUUUUUAAUCAUUAUAAAUGAAAUAAACUAUGUCAUUUUAGCCAGACGAAGAAGAUGAUGAAGAAGAAGAGGAAGAAGAUGCUGAUUUGGGCAAGUACGAUUUAACAGCAGACCCGGAGCUUAAAAUUGACAUUGAUUUAUCAAAAUUACAACGAAAGACAUCUGAAGAGAAGAAGGAUGAAGGACAAGGAGAUUGUUCUUCAGAGUAAGUUAUAUGUUUUGUUACCUAAAAAUUUGGGUAUCAUUUUUGUUAAAAUAUAAUUUUGAAUGUUUUUCCUAAAUAUUUUUUUUAUGUUACUUUAACCUUGAUUGAACGACGGUAUUUUAAAGUUGUUUUUAGUUGCUCAUGUUCCUGUAGUGGAGGUGAAUGUUCUUGUGAAGAAAGCGAAGAAGAACGACCACCAGUAAAGAAGUCUCGAUCAGAACGAGAUAGAGAACAUGAACGAAGGUAA